CCAGGCCCACAAAUAAAUACUUGCCAUCGACACGUCCACUCUGAAUGCGGCACUACCACACUCACUCAGUCAUUCACAGCACAGCUGCCCCCACAUCCGCCAGGGCAGACUCGUACCCCGGCAGACUCUUGAUGUACCCCGCGUCGUCAAAGGAUCGCCCCAAGCUGACGCCAAGCACCGCAUGGGCCACGAUCACCGCCAUGGUGGCGCUGCCGAGAAACGCGUGGGCCGCCUUCAACAGCUCCCGCGUCCUCUCGUCGGCGCCAGCAAACUGAGUGGACAGCAACGCCUGAACUGCCAGCAGCCCCAGCACACUCAAUCCUGUGUGUACGACGGACCAACACACACAAACGUCCGUCUAGUAAAGUGCAGUGCAUCCCUCAGGUCCCUCCCUGAGUGUCUGAGUGUCUGAAUGAGUGAGUGACCUGUGAGUGCAUGGGAACUCUCGAGUAUCGGCUGUUUCUCCAGCAGCAUGGCGCCCACGCCGCCCUGGGCCCCCAGGAAGAAGAACAACAGCAUCCCGGCCAUCAGCUUGGGAUGGAGGGACUUGGAGUUCAUUGGGUCCAUCUCGGCAUUAUCGGGCUCGAAGUCCCAAUCAACAGGCGAAUCUGAUGUGGCCACCUGACACACAGACACAGACGCUUUCUUUGGUGUCCCGCUGAGUGAAGUGAAGUGAAGUAUCCCUCCCUAAGCUUCGGUCACCUGCCCCUGUGCAGCUGCCUUCCUGGUGUUGCGUAUUUGCCAGCCGAGGUAGGCGCCAUAGCCCCCCAUGGCCGCAGCGACGAUGCCCAUGUUGAUGCCAUGGAACCAGUGGAUGACGAACGGCGGCAUCUCCAUCGACCGAAGGCUCUCAAGCAGCCGAUUCUCAACACAGAUCUCGGGAGGACCUACAGCCAGCCAGCCAAUCCAUCCAUUUACCCACACCCUCAGCCUAUCACCCAUCACCAGUGUGACCGUGUGACCCAAUCUCUCUUCUUACAUGCUUCCCGGGAUUUGAGCCACUGGUUGAGCCCCUCAGAGAGUGAAAGGGAAAGAGAGUUGUCGAGCAGCUGCACUGACGUCUGCGGCCGUCGCCUGUCUGGGCUUCGAAUCAGCCGCGGACGCACAGAUGAGGUGGUGCUGGGUUGCUGCGGGAUGACAAAGGCACUGGCGGCGGCGCCGAAGGCAAUGAACACAAGACUGCACAGAUGCAUUCCGGCUGCUGGGCCGUCGGAAACUCGCCGGAUCUUUGACGAAAUAAACGCGGUCUGCGCAGCAACGAAGUUGAGGCAACUAACGGAAGUUGUUGGGAGCUGGGAGCUGUUUCGC